AUGGUCCACCUGGAAGGCCGCUGUGGGGAAAGGAGGUUUGAUUGCAGAGAUGUGGCCUUCAUCGUUGGCAAAGGAGAAGACCACGAUGUUCCUGUGAGAACUGACACAGCCCUGGAGAAGAUGCAGCGGGGAGAACACUGUGUGUUGUUCCUCGGAUCACGGUAUGGUUUUGGAGAGGCAAGGAAGCCUACAUCUGGCAUUGAACCGAAUGCUGAGCUUAUGUAUGAAGUUACACUGAAGAGCUUUGAAAAGGCCAAAGAAUCCUGGGAGAUGGACACCAAAGAAAAAUUGGAGCGGGCCGCCAUCGUCAAAGAGAAGGGGACUGUGUACUUCAAGGGAGGCAAGUACGUGCAGGCGGUGAUUCAGUACGGGAAGAUAGUGACCUGGUUGGAGAUGGAAUACGGCUUAUCGGAAAAGGAGUCCAAAGCUUCCGAAUCCUUUCUGCUGGCUGCCUUCCUGAACCUGGCCAUGUGCUACCUGAAGCUCCAAGAAUACAUCAAAGCCGUGGAGUGCUGCGACAAGGCCCUGGGACUGGACCGCACCAACGAGAAGGGCUUGUACCGCAGGGGCGAGGCCCGUCUGCUCAUGAACGAGUUCACGCUGGCCGAGGGCGACUUCGAGAGGGUGCUGGAGGUCAGCCCCCAGAACAAGGCCGCGAGGCUGCAGAUCUCCGUGUGCCGGAAGAAGGCGAAGGAGCACAACGAGCGGGACCGCAAGACCCACGCCAACAUGUUCGCGAAGUUCGCAGAGCGGGACGCCGAGGAAGAGGCCAGUAAAGCAAUGGGCAAGAAGACGUUAGUAGGGGUCGCCGAUCAAAAAGACACAGGAAGUCCAGCGGAGGAAGAAGGGCGAUCUGGAGACCACGUGUGACCCCACGCAGAGGAG